AAAGGCCAUUCUCUGUUCCGCUGUCGAAUGGGUGCUAUGUUUGCAGUGACUGAAAGGAGUUUAGAAAUUCGUGUCAAAGCAACGCACUGUUUGACCCUUUUUCCUCCUCUUACUUUCACAUGACUAACUUCUUGUGACUUGCAUUCCUGUUGCAAGCGAGUUGAUGGUUUUCUAAUCAUUGUUUAAAACAAAGUUUGGUAAAGGAAAUAUUUUAGUAUUCUGCUAAGAUGUCGACUUUAAGUGUAUUAUCACCUUGAAAGUGGAAGUUUGCGUCGACAUAAUUAGGAAGCAGUUGAAUGGAAGUUGGGGUGAGGGAAAAGUGUGGAAGUGACUUCGAGAGAACAAGAACAAACUGAUAGCUAUGGCUGACAACACUGUGGCGGACUCCAGAUACAAUUACUUUUUCCUGUAUGAUGGGUCUAAGGUCAAGGGUGAGGGUGACCCUACCAGAGCUGGCAUCUGCUACUUCUAUCCUGAAGAGACCCCUCUGGACAAACAGGAGCUGUUGUGUGGACAGUUGGCAGGCGUGAGCCGCUGUGUCUCGGAGCUCUCCUCCUCCCCUGUGCGUCUGCUAAGGCUGCGCCGGAGCAAGUUCGCCAUCCGAAUGAAGGGGGACUUUUUGUGGGCCUUGGGCUGUUCCGUGGACAUACCAGACGUCAGUAUCUGUAACUUACUAGAUCAGCUGAUAAAUCUCUUCAGUUUCUAUAACGGCCCUAUCCGCAAGAGUUAUCAGAUCUAUAGUCAGGAAGAUUUAGCAGUUCGAUGGGCUCGGUACCUUUCCCACUUACAAGAAGGCACUACUGAACUCCACCACAUCUUCAGUUGUUUGAGCACCAUUGACUCUACACAUAUUGAUCCGCUUCUGCUACUUAAGGCUGCACUCAUUCUGCAGGCCUGUCAACGCUGCCCCCUAGUGUUAGCUGGUUGUAUACUCUUCCGUGGGAGGGUUGUCAGCACACAGAUGUCCCCUGAUCUUACAGUGAAAGUCAUGGUUCACGAAACUGAAACAUAUAACCAGGACCAGAGAACCAAUGGACUUAGUUCCUCCAGCUCGUCUGGCAGCUCUCUACCCAGCCCAGUGACCUUUACCACAGUGUUCCUGACUGAUCCAGAGCUACACUAUCUGCACUCUGCUCCUGUGGACCGAACAACCAGAUCCCAGUCUACUCAGUCUACUCCAAAGGAGGUCAACCGACCCAGGAAGUCCCGCCUCCUGUCAAGAACCCUCUCUGACACGCCCCCCAGUGAUCCGCCUGAACCUGAUCCUGCCCGCCCCGCUCCUCUGUCCCUUCACUGUCCCUCCACUCCCGGGUCGUCCACGUCUGAUGACCUGCUGUUCAGUCCAAGUCUGUCAUUUCACACUCCCCCUGGCCCUCUCAGCCCCUCACCGAGCACAGUCUCUCCUCAGAUCUCUUAUCAUUCCCUGCCCAAUGGAAAGUCAUCCCAUGAGGUGGAAGAGGGCGUCACAGGAGGUUUGCACGACCAGAGUUUGGACAGCUUAGAGGGUGGGGACAGUGAGUCAGGUUUAAUAGGAGUGGGGCCAGUGCAAAGCUGUGACAUACCACAUGACUUAAACAGACAUAAUGGAGAUAGUAUGGCACUGGAUGGAGAGAAGGCUGGAGCCCUCGGCUUCAGAGGUCAGAACUCCCCAGGGUGUGGCAGACGGAGGACUGGGAUUGUGGCUGACGAGAAGGAAGGUCACAGGGGUAAAGUUCAGCUUGCUGACACCGGGGAUGUUCCCCCCGCGCCCUGCGAGAACUCUUCAGGUCCCCCCCUCACCACAAUGACUCUGUACCAACACAGGGUGAGGGGGCUGGUCCUGGCACUACUGGUGGAGCCACACUUCCACAACGACACUGCAGCAGUCGAGGAAGUGUAUCACAGCAGCCUGGCAUCACUGAACGGCCUGGAGGCCCAUCUGAGGACCACUGCUCGGGGGGGGGCUGGCCCACAGGGACCCUACACCUUUGCUCACUAUGACUGUAUACAGAACACACUCACGACCAACCUGUCUGGCCGGCCAGGGGGAGCCCAGGAGCGUUCCUUUGUGAGAGCAACAUCACUGCUCCACUCGCACUUCUCUCACACUGAAGCACUACAGGAGGCUAUUGUCAGAAAUGCCGGCGCGGCUGUGUACGCCACGCGCAGUGUGGCCCAGGAGACGUACUUCCUGCAGCAAGGCGGAGCGUUGAGAAACUCUGGCAUCCCCAACCACCAGGACAGUGCUUUCUCCCUGCCCAGCAAGGCCCGACACAGGUUACUGAAACACGGGGUCAACCUGCUCUGACCCACUGGGGCCAAGAGAAGUGCAGUGGCACCAGUAUCUGUAUAGUUCUCUGAGUAUAUUCCUCUGAAAAAUCAUUUCAAACAAUGUACUAAGUCUAAACCUUAAGUGAAAAUAUAUACACUCUGUAAAGUAUCUUAGUGAAUGACAUGAUUUAGAAGAACUAAGUUCAAGUUCUACAAUGUGUUAUUAAUGUGUACAUGGCCAUCAUCUUGGUCGACACUGCAGGCACUUUUCACAAAAUGUUAGGAAAGUCCAAACCAAACACAACAUAACGCCAUUAUAUAAAAUACUUGAGUUGUGUAACCAAUUAUGUGCAAACAUCAUGAAGAAAUAGCAUCUGCUUGGUUUCCUAAUCACUGUAAUACUGUUCAUUUGCAUAAAGAAAUCUACUACACCUAAACCUUUAUUAUAUUGUACCCAUAAAUAACACUGUCUGUAGAAAAAUUGUUGUAUGUUUAUUUACUGAUAUCAUGUAGUACUUUUUUCUACAGUAAAAUAUUCUUUACUGAUGUGAACUUUUUGGUUUUCUAAGUUUCUUGUUGAUUUUUGCCAAAACAUUGAAAACCGGUUUAAAAAGCCAACAUCAAUGCUUUUCAAAUAAUAUAAUAUAUGGAGUUGUUAACUAUGAUUGACUGCUCUUGGCUGAUUCUUGGAGGAAAUAAAGCUGUCCCUGCUGUUAAGGCUACAUGUAUUGGUAAACUAUCUGAAAUGCAUUAUUUCAAAUAGGAUUCUUUCAAAUAGAUCCGCUGUAAAUUCAGACCAAUAUAUGGACUGAUUAUAUGAAGUAUCUAAACUGCGCUUCUAAACUGCCGAGGCCAUCGUGGUCUCUAAUGACAAGUUGAUAAUAUAGUAGCCACAGACCUCCAGCUCAA